GACUGAAACACACAACGGAUAACAUCCUUGAUGUUGAGAUGAACAGACAAAGAAGAAAAACAGAAACUCAGAAGAAGGCUGCAGACAGAGGACAGUGGGCCAGUAAAACUGAAUAUAUUCUGGUUGUUGCAGGAAAUGUGGUCGGCCUGGGAAACCUGUGGAGAUUUCCUUACCUCUGCUACAAGAACGGUGGAGGUGCCUUUCUGGUGCCGUAUGGUCUGUUAGCUGUGGUGGUUGGGAUACCUCUGUUCCUACUGGAGACCUCCGUUGGUCAGUACACCCAGGAAGGAUUCAUCACCUGCUGGGCCAAGUUGUGUCCACUGGCACGAGGAAUUGGAUAUGGACAUUUUAUAAUGACACUAUAUGGCUUCAGCUACAUUAUAGUCCAAGUCUGGGCUCUCCUCUACCUGGUGUUCUCGUUCAGAUCUCAGCUCCCCUGGGCCAGCUGUGAGAACACCUGGAACACAGCUAACUGUACGAGUCUUCAGAUUUUGGAUUCUCCCUCAACAAAUUGGACAAAUCAAACCAGGCUGACCAACACCACCUCUGCUGCUACUGAGUUCUGGGAACGGCGGGUGCUGGCCAUGUCAGGAGGUAUUGAGGAGCUGGGCAGUGUGAGGUGGGAUCUGGCUUUGUGUCUUCUGGUCUGCUGGGUGUUCUGCUACUUCAGUAUCUGGAAAGGUGUCAGAUCUUCUGGAAAGGUUGCAUACUUCACGGCUACUUUCCCCUACGUGAUGCUUGUAAUACUGCUCAUCAGAGGCUUGACUCUGCCUGGAGCUUGGGAAGGGAUCCACUUCUACCUGUAUCCAGACUUGAACCGCCUGGCUAACCUUGAGGUUUGGAUAGAUGCAGGAUCACAAAUAUGCUUCUCCUUCAACGUGAGUUUAGGAAUUCUGAAGGUUUUGGGCAGCUACAAUGACUACAAGAACAACUGUUAUAAGGACUGCUUCUUGCUCUGUCUGCUCAACAGUGGGACCAGUUUUGUUGCUGGAUUUGUCGUCUUCUCUGUACUUGGAUUCAUGGCUCAGAAACAGGGUGUUACUGUCGACGCUGUAGCCGAGUCAGGUCCAGGUUUGGCCUUCAUUACUUACCCUCAGGCAACAGCUAUGAUGCCUUUUCCACAGUUCUGGACUGUCUGCUUUUUCCUGAUGCUCUUUUUUCUCACUGUUGACACACAUUUUGUGGAUAUCGAGUGUUUUAUCACCUCAGUAUGUGACGUGUUUCCGAAGGUUUUUCAUAAACCUGGAAGACACGAGAUCUUUGCCCUCAUCAUCUGCUUGAUCUUCUUCCUCUUACAUCUGAUGCUUGUCACUGAGGGAGGGAUCUACAUUUUCCAGCUUAUCGAUAAUUAUGGCUCUACCAGAGCUUGUCAUUAUUUCAUAGCUUUAUCUGAGUGUCUCGCUCUGGCCUGGAGUUUUGGUGCUGAUCGUGUUAUUGACAUCAUUGAGGACAUGACCGGACAAAGACCUUCUGUUUUCUUCAAACUGUGCUGGAAAUACAUCAUUCCUCUGCUGUCACUGAUUUCCUUCAUCCUGUACAUGGUUGAUUACAAACACCUCCGCAUUAAUGACUCGUACACGUACCCCGACUGGGCGUACGCACUGGGAUGGACCAUGACACUCUCCAUUAUUCUCGUUGUGCCACUGUGGGCAGCUGGACAGAUGUGUUUGACACCAGGAACCUUCAGAGAGCGUUUGUCCGUCCUUUGUCGUCCUGCUGAAAAUCCAGCCUGGCAGAGGAGAAAAAAUGAAGAGGAGGGAACGACUGUUGAACUGACGGCGUCUGCAGUGACAACUUAGAGUGACCUGCAACACAUUUCUGCUAUCGUAAUGUCUUUAAGCUUAAAGUAAUCAAUGCAGCUCAGAGAUUUAAAUGACAUGCUGAAACAACUAAAGGCAAAAGAAUAGAAAAUAUUAAUUUAUCAGGCAACAAUCCUAAAUAUUGUAACAGGAGGAUACAUUAUUAUUAAGCCUCUAUGAGUGAUUGAGGAAAAACACAUUGUUUCUUUUUUAACGUUUAUUUAGUAGGAUAUGUAUUCACAGCAGGUAAUGGUUACGGUCAUGUCAAGUUAAAUGUUUGUUCAUGUAGUUGAAGUCCUGUUCAGAAGUGAUUUGCAUUCCUCGACUGUCCCGUCCGAGCCGUCACAGGAGGUUUGCAGCAGUGCUCGUCGUUUGUAAGAGCCAAUAAAA